AUGGCCUUGCGGUGGUGGUGGUGGUGGUGGCGGUGCGGCGCCUCGUCCCGCCGGGCGCCGCCGCUCGGCUCCGUGCCGCGCCCCGGCCCCCGCGCCCCGCCGGCCCCCAGCGCGAUGUGUCACUUUACCCAAAGAAGUUCAGCUUUGUCGUUUCCAAAAAUAUGUAAUGUAUUUUGGCGGUUUCAUCAUACAAGUACAUCCCACUUGUGCAGCUGCAGUAAGACAGUUAGUGAUGAAAAAUACCAAGACCCUUUUCAACUUGGUAGAAAAGACUUGAAGAAUCUCUAUGAAGAUAUUAAAAAGGAAUUACUUGUUUCUGCAGCAGAACUUAAGGAAAUGUGUGAUUAUUACUUUGAUGGGAAAGGAAAGGCUUUUCGACCGAUGAUUGUGGUGCUAAUGGCUCGGGCUUGCAACAUUCACCAUAAUAAUUCCAAGGAGGUGCAAGCAAGCCAGCGCUCUGUGGCCAUAAUUGCUGAGAUGAUCCACACAGCCAGUCUAGUCCAUGAUGAUGUUAUUGACGAUGCAAAUUCUCGCAGAGGAAAAAGGACGCUUAAUCAAAUCUGGGGAGAGAGGAAGGCUGUUCUAGCUGGUGACUUCAUCCUCUCAGCUGCUUCUGUAGCUUUAGCCCGAAUUGGAAAUACUACUAUCGUCUCUGUUCUAACUCAGGUGAUUGAAGAUCUGGUGCGUGGUGAAUUCCUCCAGCUGGGUUCCAAGGAAAACGAGAAUGAGAGAUUUGCUCACUACCUCGAGAAGACUUUUAAGAAGACCGCGAGUCUUAUAGCAAACAGUUGUAAAGCAGUUUCAAUACUAGGCUGCCCUGAUCCCAAAGUUCAUGAGAUUGCAUAUCAGUAUGGAAAAAAUGUUGGCAUAGCUUUUCAGCUAAUAGAUGACGUGCUGGAUUUUACAUCAUGUGCCGACCGUCUGGGGAAACCAACAGCAGCAGAUCUCAAGCUUGGAUUGGCCACAGGCCCUGUCUUGUUUGCUUGUCGACAGUUUCCAGAAAUGAAUGCUAUGAUAAUGAGGAGAUUCAGUAGGCCAGGAGAUGUUGAACGUGCUUGGAAAUAUGUGUUGCAGCAUAAAAUCCACAUAAUAAAAGUAAAAAGCUCAUGCAUGAACUCAGUUCCUUCAGCUGAGGAGUAGCUGUAUCCAACAACUGGUGUAAGUGGCACAUCAUUACCAGUCAGUCUUGUAACUGCAGUGCACACCCCAUAUGAGUUUUAAUUGACACUAGUCUGAAAAGACUGAAUAAUGGUCUGUACAAAAUUAAUACCUAUUUUUCCAGAAUAGUACAUUUUUUUGCACAUCCCUACUUAGGGCAGGAGGGGAGGGGUUAAACCAUUAGUUUCUAAUAUAUUAUUAAUACCAGUGCUGUUUUGUAAGUAUACUUAAAAAUUUAACGUGGAUGAGUUUUAGCAUUUUGACACUUUGGGGAAGGUAUGUAGGAUUCCAUGAAUAUAGAACGAAUCCUCUUCCUUUCCCCUGCACAGUAUAAUUAAGCAUUCAGGGUACUGACUGACCUUAAAACCCCUGUACAGUGGGAGAGGCAAAA